GCGUUACUGUUGGUCGGAGGAGGAAGAGGAAGAGUGAGUGAGGGAGGGAGGAGAGGAAGAGGGACUAGGGCCAAGACACGUAAUUCACCCCCUUUCUCUUGGCGCCAAUCUGGCGGAGAAAAAAAUAAACUAUUUUUGUUUUUUUUUGUCGUUUAGUCAACUUUAGUGUAAUCAAUCGCGAGCAUAUUCUUUUGUAGCCAGUGGCGCUAGGUAGUUUGCUAAACCGCUAUAGCAUUUUUACAUAAUCUUGCCCCCUUUUUUUUUCUGCCCCCCCCCUCCCAAGAAACCACAUUCACUGAGCGACUAAGUUAGCUAGCUAGCAACAGCAAGACACAACGGUCGUUUAAAAAAAAACAACAACAGCGAUAUGGGGAGGAAGUCAAACAAAGCGAAGGAGAAGAAGCAGGCUCGCCUGGCGGAGAGGGCAGCCAUGGAUGCAGUGUGUGCCAAGGUGGACGCAGCCAAUAAGCUGGACGACCCUUUGGCUGCUUUCCCAGUCUUCAAAAAGUAUGACAGAAACGGAUUGAAUCUCCAGAUCGAGUGUAAGAGAGUGUCCACUCUGAACCCCAUGUCUGUGGAGUGGGCCUACGAGUUGACCCGGACCAACAUGCAAACACUGUAUGAGCAAAGCGAGUGGGGAUGGAAGGAGAGAGAAAAGAGGGAUGAGAUGAAAGACGAGAGGGCGUGGUAUCUGCUGGCUCGAGACACAGACUCCUCCCCCGUGGCCUUCUCUCACUUCCGAUUCGAUGUCGAGUGCGGGGAGGAGGUGCUAUACUGUUAUGAGGUCCAGCUGGAGAGUAGGGUGCGGAGGAAAGGACUGGGCAAGUUUCUCAUCCAGAUACUACAGCUCAUCGCCAACAGCACACAGAUGAAGAAGGUGAUGUUAACAGUAUUCAAACACAACCACGGGGCGUACCAGUUCUUCAGAGAAGCUUUACAGUUCGAUAUCGACGACACCUCCCCCAGUAUGUCUGGUUGUUGUGGCGACGACUGCACCUAUGAGAUCCUGUCGCGGCGGACCAAACAUGCCGAGGCCCAAGCCGAGGCCCAGGGGCACAGCCACGGUGGAGGAGGGCACUGUGGAGGCUGCUGCCACUGAGGGAGCCUGUUCCUAUUUCAACACUUCCUGGUCCCACGCUCUAGAAGCUGCCCCUUGUCCGCUUCUCUGCUCAUGAGUCAUUACUGUACCCAACCUCCAAACGCCCCAAAAUCCCUGGCCCCCUCUAUAUCCCACCCUCUCUCUCGUCCAUAUCCCUCUCUUUCUCUCUCAUCCAUAUCCCUCUUUCUCUCUCCAUACUAUUUCAGUCUUUGAUAAGUUAGGAAUCUGCUUGUGCUCUGUCUAGGCAGCCACCUCUUCUUCUUCGCUUUCUGAACUGUCCCAAGGCUCCAUCCCAGUAAUCCUAGUGUGCGAUGUAUUAGCCAUGCAUUCUGAAUGGUAAAUUAGGAUGGAUUGUUGGGACAGAGCCCCACAAAUGUAUUUCUCUUUAGUUUGAUCAGGUGUUCUGUAGAUAGUCUCUCUCUCUCUCUCUCUCUCUUCCCCAGAGCCUCUGAUCUGUUUCAGUUGAUCUUCUACAGUAUUUUUAAAUGCUGUCUCAUGGCAGGAACACCUGUUGUUCCUACAUUUUUGUAGAGCGACGUGAGAGAUACAUAUAUACACAUUACCAGUCAAAAGUUAGGACGCCUGAUCAUUUGAGGGUUUUUCUUAAUUAAUUCAAAUAAAGUUCUAAGUUGAAGAA